UGGAAGCCAAUAUAAAAACAAUAAGAAUCUUUCCAAUUUAUGUUAUCACUAUGAAGACUUCGGACUUGAAACAGAAUGGAACUUCUUUGCCACCUCGCACGGGAAGAAUGCCUGUGAUGGUAUUGGCAGCACGACGAAGAGGAAAGCAGUGAAAGCCAGUCUUCAAAGAACUCAUUUUAAUCAAGUCAUGUGCCCGCUAGAACCGUAAAUAUUCUGCACAGAAAAUAUUCCAGGAAUAGUUUACUUUUUUUGUGCCAAAAGAGGAAGUUGCAAGAAAUGAAAUCAUUCUAGAAAGCAUGUUCCAAAAGUGCAAAACUGUGCUCCACACAAGACAAAAACAUCGGGUCGUCCAUCUGGAGGAAAACACGGUCAGGUGUUAUAAAACAUCCAAGUCCGAUGACUUCGAAGACAUUGUGAGAGUGGACACUUGGUGAACUACGUGUAUUUUCAAACAAAAUGGACAAUUUUCGUCGGAGUACACAAAGAACUAAUACCAUUGGAUGCAGUAUAUUAUGCAGUUUAAUGAACUGUACCCCUUGUCAUCAUCAUCUCUGGGAAUUGCAGCGCGCGAAGGGAAUGAGAAUGCUGUUAAAAUAUUUUUGAGAUCUGGUCAACGAGUGGAUAUUGGGGAUAACCGAGGCUGGACACCUCUUCAUGAGGCUACAGCAGCAAAUAACAUUAGGUGCCUCCAUUUGCUGCUUCAGAAAGGUCAGCAGUAUGUGAAUCAGAGGACUAUGGAAGGAGAGACACCAUUGUUGUUGGCAUGCAAGUUUCAAGACAGCACAGAACUGGUACAGAUGUUACUUGAUUGUGGUGCAGAUGUUAACUUGGGGGACAAUGAAAACCAUACACCACUGCAUGAAGCCUGUAGAAAUGGAAGACUCUCAGUGGCAAAAAUAUUAGUUGCAGCUGGGGCCAACGUGAAUGAGAUGAACUACAACAGUUGCACCCCACUACACUGUGCAGUCUCUUCAUUUGAGACAAAUGCCACAUUGGUGAAAUACCUCAUCAGUAAAGGGGCUGAUGUCAGUAUUCAGGAUGAAUGUGGUCGAACAUCAUUGUUCUUAGCCUCAGAACUGCAGAGAUGGAAUAUGAUAAAACACAUGGAAACUGCAUUAUGUCCUGUGGACACCAGGUCAGUGGAUGGAGCUACAGCACUUAUGGUUGCUGCACAGAGUGGAAACUUGAAAGUGGUAGAGGAACUGCUGAAAAGAGGUGCCAAUCCCGACUUGGCAGCUCAUGAUUUUACCAUGGCCCUUCAUCUUGCCAUACAUUCAGGACAUCUAAGUGUGGUCAAAUUGCUUCUAAAAGUGACAAGUAGAAAUGCUGUGUUGGCUCAUUGCACACAUCCGAAAGCAAAGACUGGUCGCAGUCUGUGCUGCCUUGCAAUAGAUGGUGAAUACCUGGAUGUACUGAAGCUUCUACUGUCAAGUGACCUGGGAAACUACAUUCUGCAUCUUCCAGUACACUGUGAUGGGUCUCUCCUAGAAAACAAGCCUCAUCUUGGGGUGCUUUAUUCUGAAUGUUCACCUGUCAGCUUCCUUUUGUUGACCAAGCUGAAUGACCUAAAAGAUGACAUACUUAUUUACCUUGAAGUACUACUUAACCAUGGUUUCCCUGUAAAUGUGAAAGACAAACAGUCUCUGCCUCCAUUAGUUGCUGUCAUGUUGCAACCCGGGUGUGACCAUCUUAUAUCCUGCUGUGUGGAUAUGCUUUUGGCUCAUGGAGCUGAUAUUGAGUAUACUACAAUCUGUAAAAUGGUCCCUGACCCUCUUCUAGCAGCAUGUAUAUCUGGGAAUAGUUCUGGAGUAUUGCAGUUGUUACGGGUUGGCAGCAGUGGUUUGCCAGAUGAUUUGUUAAGAUAUCUUAUAACACAUGGUCAUCUGGAUUCAUCACCCCACAUGAUAAACAUGGUACGACUUCUGCUAGAGCUUGGUGUCACAGAGCCUGCCCUGUAUAGCAGAUUGCAACAGUAUUUUCCUGAGGCCAGCAGUGAUAUCCAAAUAAAGGCCACUGCUGCAUUUUUGGCUUCACUUCAGGUGUGUUCUCUUCAGAAGUUAUGUCGGAUAGCAGUGAGACGGCUCUUUGGUCACCUGCUAAUCCCAGCAAUGGAACAACUCCCAGUACCUCAUUGCCUAAAGAACUACUUGACCUAUAAAACACUAUAAACAAACUUCAUUGUUGAUAUUUCUUUGGUCUUAAGAUGUGUGUAUAUUUUUCCCUGUGUACUCUACUGAUAAAAAAUUACCUAUUUUUUUAAAUACUUCUCUAGUGCAUAAUUCAAAAAUAUUAAACAUAUAUACAAGGAAGUCAGAUGUGAACGGCUGUUCUGUUUAAUCAUGUUAGAGGAUAUAAAAUAUUAAAAUAAAAAAUGAAAACAUCAAA